GCUCCAUGAAAUUUUAAAAUCCCAUCGUUCUAUAUUCCUCCUACUCAAGAAUAUAAAGUCGGUUCAGGAUAUACUACAAAUCCAACAUGACAGGACAAUCAAAAGAAGCUGUUAUCCCGCCUUGGGGUUUGGCAGUUGCUGGAGCUACAGGAGCUGUAAUUGCAAAUGCUAUGGUAUAUCCCCUGGAUAUAGUCAAAACUCGCCUGCAAGUUCAAGUCAAACGCAAGCCGACCGAUGUAGCACCAACGGGUGAUGAUGCAGUCCACUAUACGUCGACUUGGGAUGCGAUUUCUAAGAUUGUAGCCGAGGAUGGAGUUGCUGGACUCUACGCUGGUAUCAAUGGCGCCUUGAUUGGUGUCGCCUCAACCAAUUUUGCCUACUUCUACUGGUACUCUGUCGUUCGAACCUUAUAUCUCUCUUCUCAGAAAAUCCCCACGCCUCCAAGCACUGCAAUCGAAUUGUCUUUAGGAGCCGUCGCGGGAGCUGUUGCCCAGGUCUUUACUAUUCCUGUUGCAGUAGUUACCACUCGUCAACAAACACAAAAAAAGGGUGAAAGGAAAGGGAUGGUAGAUACAGCUCGGGAUGUUAUCCAUAGCGAGGAUGGUUGGACCGGCCUUUGGAGAGGUCUCAAGGCCAGCUUAGUACUCGUUGUUAACCCUGCCAUUACAUAUGGCGCAUAUCAAAGAUUGAGAGAGGUUGUUUUCCCAGGCAAGACAAACCUCAAACCAUGGGAAGCAUUUGUAUUGGGAGCAAUGUCCAAAUCUCUUGCAACCAUCGUAACCCAGCCUUUGAUUGUUGCAAAGGUUGGACUUCAGUCAAGACCACCCCCUUCCAGAGAGGGUAAACCUUUUAAAAGUUUUAUCGAAGUAAUGCAAUUCAUCAUUCAUAAUGAAGGAUUGCUGGGCCUCUUCAAGGGAAUUGGUCCACAAAUCACCAAGGGACUCAUUGUUCAAGGUCUCCUAAUGAUGACGAAAGAAAGAAUGGAACUACUUUUUAUUCUUCUCUUUAGAUAUCUUCGAAAGAUUAGAUCAGAGCAAUUGCAAAAGGCCGCAGAUCUUGCAGCGUCGAAAGCCAAGCAAGUUCUCCCAGUCAUUGCUAAUCGCAAUGGCGAAAUCCAAGAACUCGUCCCAACACAACCAGUCGAAGAAGGCUCACCUAUCAAGAAGCCAAAGACCUCCAGAUACCCAUCCCUCAAGGGUACCGACCCCAAGUUCAGAAGAAACCACAGACAUGCUCUCCACGGCACAAUGAAGGCUUUGAAGGAGUUGAAGGAGGGCAAGCGUGAGACCGCAUAA